CUCUCGUUUUGAUGGUUUCAGGUAUCUUCCACAGUCAGCAAGGUUCCUUAUCGUCCAUGGACGUUACAAAGAAGCAGCUUCAGUUUUAUCCCACAUAGCCACCAAGAACAGGAAGGACAUUCCAGAUGACUUGUUGGCGAAAUUAAUGAAAAUAGGACAAACAAUGGACAGAGAAAAGCAAGAAGAAAAGAGUCACUCCCUCUUGGACUUUUUCAAGUUUCCACAACUCCGUAAAAAACUGUGUAUCAUCACUCUGAACUGGUCAUCAAUAGCUGUGGCCUAUUUUGGGCUGACCAUCAACAUAUCUAAUCUAGGAGGCAAUGAUUUCCUGAAUUACUUCUGUUUGUCUGUCAUCGAGCUACCAGCUUUUGUUCUAGGUCUAUACCUGAUGGAUCGAUGGGGAAGAAAGUGGACCAACACUCUCUUUGUUACAACUGCUGGCUUGUUUUGUCUCAUGCCGGUUUUCAUGCCUCCAAGAUUGAAGGUUUUGAUCAUGGUAGCGUCGGUUAUGGGAAAAUUUGGUUCAGCAGCAGCCUUCAUGGUGAUAUAUCAACAGGCAACAGAACUUUACCCAACUCCAGUCAGAUCAAUGGGCAUGUCUAUCGGGUCAAUGGUGUCUUCCAUUGCUAUUAUUUGUAUGCCUUACGUCGUAUAUCUGGGUACCUACAACAAAUUUAUACCUUUCCUCAUUAUUGGAGGAAUGUGCGUCACCGCUGGUCUACUAGCGCCCUUAGUGCCUGAAACACUUCAUGAAAAUUUACCCCAAACACUUGAAGAGUCAGAGAAGUUCGGAGUGGGUCAGAAGUUUUUUUCGUGUGUAAGAUCAACAAAACGUGAUACGACAGAUGAAUCCGAAGAAAAUGCAGGAGGAGAACCGAUUUCUAGUUAGAGCUGUUUCUAUUAUAGACAAAAUUUCUCAGAAGUUUGGCAUGGUGUCAAAAUCUAUGGCACAACUCGAAUAAUAUAUUUUUCUUCUUCUUCUUUAGCUAAAAUAUCUUUGCCAAAAUGUCGGUUAAUUGUGGUUGUGCAGUGUGUUUUAUAAAGUGCCAGCUCUUUAACAGGAACGUAAACAAAGAUUUCGAAACGGUAAUGACCUUAUCUAUUUUUAAAUAGCGAAGAUAAGUUAUUCGAUUUCAAAAAAAUAACUAUAUUAUAAAUAGCGCAGAACAAAGAAAAAAGUAGUUUUUUUUUUUCUAUUUGACAACAAUCGCUGAACGGCGUGCUGAUAACAAAUUAUUAUUUUUUACACACAUAUUGUGAAGAACAGUAGAUAUUUCUCUUCUGCUCUGUGAAUAUAAUUUUAUGACAACUGAAUUAUGUUUAUAAAUAAUAGCAAGGGUAACAAAACGUUCAUUUUGUUCUUCAAAUUGUAAACAAAACUUGAAACAUAUAUUGACUCUGCUACAUAACUCUUGAGAUUCAGUUUUAUGUCACAAACUCUUUAAAGUCGUAUUGAGAUAUAAA